CUUAAAUCGCCGAGAAUGAAUGACAUCCCCAGGUCAGUUCGAUACCAGUUCAUUCCCCCGUUCUUUUCAUAUUUUUUACAAUUCAUACAUUCAACAGCCAUCAUGAAGAUUCAAGGCCGAACAUUUGUCAUCUCCGGAGGGUAGGCAGAGCCACAUCAAAACACUCAGUCACAUGUCGCUGACUUAGAUACAGUGCUUCCGGCCUUGGCCAGGCAUGCGUUGAAGAUAUAUGCGCCAAUGGCGGCAAUGUGGCCAUUCUCGACAUGAAUGAGGAGAAUGGACAAGAACUAGUCAAGAAAUUGGGUCCAUCGGCCAAAUUCUUCGAAUGCAAUGUGUUGGAAACAGAGAGUGUUACCAAGGCUGUCCAAGGUGCUGCACAAUGGGCCAAAGAGACGGGGAAGCCUCUUGGAGGUGUGAUUGCAGCAGCUGGCGUAUCAACUCCUGCGACGAUGCUUGAUCGUAAUGGUGCUGCCUUCAGCCUUGAUGACUUUGACUUUGUUAUCAACGUCAACCUCCGCGGCACAAUCGACCUCGUGCGUCAGACUCUCGAGCACCUUGCAAAGGUAGACCCCGAAGGAUCUGACGGCGAGCGAGGUGUUGUCAUCAUGGUAGCUUCAUCAGCAGCCUUUGAUGGUCAAAAGGGUCAAGUCUCUUAUUCCGCCAGUAAAGGCGCCGUGACAGCCAUGACACUGCCCAUGGCACGAGAUCUUGCUCGAUAUGGCAUCCGAGUCGUGACCAUUGCGCCUAGUCUGUUUGACAGCCGAAUGACAAGCGUGAUGCCCGAGAAAGUCAAGAAGAGUCUCGAGGGCGCGAUGGAGUUUCCCAAGAGAGCUGGUCAGCCUAAGGAGUUUGCGCAAUUGGCGCGGCAGGGCAUUGAGAAUGUCAUGUUGAAUGGUGUUGUUAUUAGGUUGGAUGGUGCUAUGAGAAUGCCCAGCAAAAUGUAAGAUAGAUAUUCAUCUUGUAUUAUUGAGAGUCGUUGGAUUUGUCAGAUUUGAAAUACAAUAAUAGAUUGGUAAUUUGAAUGAUCAUGUAAUUCAUUUUGGUUGUUGGACACUGGAAG